AUGACUGUUGUAGUCUACAACGUAAGUGGAAUGUACGUUACGUCUUUUAGUUCCGCAAUUCAUAGAAAUAUCUAUGAAUCACUCAGAACUUCCGUUGUUUGGGUUCUUUUAGUGAUCAUUCACUAUGCAUUUCCAAACAGUGGAUCUGGAGAAGGUUUAUCUAUUUAUUCUCUCGUUGAAUUGCUUGGAUUCUUGAUUUCAAUACUCGGAUCUUUCAUUUAUAACGAAGUUAUCAAGAUCAAUUGCUUUGGAUCCAACAAAGAUAAUAAGAUUCCACUUUUGGCUGAAAAUUAG